AUGGAUAGCUUAAGAGGCAAGCUCCACGAGACAAAGCUCCACGACGCCAAAGUAGCCGUAUCAAAUAAGAAACACCAGAUCGGAAAGUUUGGCAACUUGUUCAAUAGAGACCACCGCCACGACGAAGAGCACGAGAUUCGCUGCGACAAAAAGAGGACUCAGAUCUGCGCAUCUCAUCGUUUCCAGUCGUAUUUCCCUGAACGGGAAGGGAACCUCGUCAAGUGGUAUGUGGAUGGGCGGGACUAUUUCUGGGCUGUAUCUGUCGCUUUGGAAGAGGCCAAGGAAACCAUCUACAUUGAGGACUGGUGGCUCUCGCCAGAGCUCUUCUUGAGACGGCCGCCCCAUCAGAAGCAAGAGUACAGACUCGAUCAGAUUCUGAAACGAAAAGCGGAACAGGGAGUCAAGAUCUUUGUCGUCGUUUACAAGGAGGUCGAAGCCGCACUUACCUGCAACUCGGAACACACCAAACAUGCCCUGCAGUCCCUCUGUCCGGAAGGCACUCCAGGAUACAACAACAUCAAGAUUAUGCGACACCCAGACCACAAUGUUCUCGAAAAUGCGGCGGAUAUGACAAUGUACUGGGCACAUCACGAAAAGUUCAUCGUCGUCGACUAUGCUAUAGCUUUCAUCGGCGGUCUUGAUCUCUGCUUUGGGCGAUGGGAUGCUCGCCAUCACCCGCUGUCAGAUAUCCACCCCGAUGAGGUGCAAAAACAGGUUUGGCCAGGCCAAGAUUUCAACAACAAUCGAGUCAUGGACUUCAAAAAGGUGCAGGACUGGCAAGACAACGAGCUCAGCAAGGCGGACUACGGCCGGAUGCCCUGGCAUGACGUCUCCAUGGCUGUCAUCGGCCCUUGCGUGUAUGACAUUGCUGAGCACUUCGUUCUGCGGUGGAACUUUGUCAAGCGGGAUAAAUAUAAGCGUGACGAAAGGUUCGACUGGAUUAUUCUAGAGGGCCGUGAAGGCGAGGAUGAGGACUUGAUCGGAGUACAGCGGCCAAAGUAUCCGCAGGGCGACUAUAUCAAACAUCCCCUGAACCCCCUGAGCACCAAGAAUCUGCUCGGUCGAGGAACUGUCAAUGCUCAGAUCGUGAGAUCCAGUGCCGACUGGUCCAGCGGGAUCCUGACAGAUCGAUCUAUUCAAAACGCAUACGCAGAGACUAUUGCCACCGCGGAACACUACGUCUAUAUUGAGAAUCAAUUCUUCAUCACUGCUACCGGCGAUAAUCAAUCCCCAAUCCACAACACUAUCGGUGCGGCCAUUGUUGAAGCUGUGGUUCGAGCAGGGAAGGAGGGUCGGAAGUUUAGGGUCAUUGUCGUUAUCCCUGCUGUUCCAGGGUUCGCAGGCGAUCUUCGAGACAAUGCCGCUUCUGGCACAAGAGCCAUCAUGGAUUACCAGUACAAGUCAAUAUGUCGCGGAGAACACUCCAUCUUUGAGCAGGUCAAAGCUCAAGGAGUUGACCCUACCAAGUACAUUUUCUUCUUCAACUUGAGAUCCUACGACCGCCUAAACAAGACACCGGCAAUUACUCAAGCGGAGGAGAGGACGGGCAUCAAGUACCAAAAAGUCCAGCGAGCCCUCGCCGAAGAUAUCAUGGGUGAGGGAAUCCAUGGGACGUCUGAUCCCAUAGAGAACGAAAGAGACAACCACAUGGGCCAGGAACGCGAACAAGAAAAAGGUCGCAUCGAGGCACUGCAAGCAAAGGAGACUUUUGAAAAGGCCAAGCCCAAGGAAGAGGUUCAGACGUCGAUUUCUGUAGCACAUCACGCCAUGGCUGACCAAGAUCCUUUGGAAGACGAGCCAUGGGCAGACCCAGAGUCUGAAAUGAAGAACUGGAUCCAGGAGGAGCUCUAUGUGCAUGCCAAGCUGCUCAUUGCCGAUGAUCGAGUGGUGAUUUGCGGCUCGAGCAAUCUCAACGAUCGCAGCCAGAUGGGAAAUCACGACAGUGAGCUGAGCAUUGUCAUGGAAGACACGAAUAUCGUGCGAACGACUAUGGAUGGAAGGCCGUUUGAGGCAGGAUACCACGCAAUGAGUUUACGACGAUUCCUCUGGCGAGAGCAUCUCGGCCUUCUCCCUCCGCAGGAUUUUGAUGCGAAGGAUGACAUCAACGCCCUGCCACCCAGCGUCGAGCCCAAUAACAAAAUUUACGAUAAUGAUGAGAGCUGGAAGUUUGUAGAGGAUCCGCUGAGUGACGAGUUAUGGAAUAUGUGGACGAGUCGAGCAGACAAGAACACGGAGCUCUUCCGCCACCUCUUCCACGCUGAUCCAGACAACCACAUCAAAACAUUUGACGAUUACGACCGCUAUCUGCCGCCCAGAGGCGUCAAGCCGGGCCACAUUUUCGACCAGUUCAUGCCGCCCGAGGAGGCGAAGAAGAAGCUGGCGCAGAUCAAGGGGCAUCUGGUGUGGAUGCAGAUGGACUUUUUGAAGGAUGCAGAAAUGGCGGAACGGGGGCUUCAGCUUAAUGCAUGGACGGAGAGUGUGUAUACUUGAAGUGCUGUCUCUUUCAUUUUGGGGGAAAGGAUUAAUAAAUAUUCACCGCCUUGAGUUGGCUAUAGUAACAGAAAGUCGUAAAUAAUUCCAGGUACUUAAGGA